AUGUGUGGAGCAAUUGGAGAAUUUGGAAGGAGUCUCCGUAGAAGACUGGAAAGUGGAAAACAGCAGGAUAUCAGAGCAAAGAAGCAGUGUUUGAGAAAAUUGAGGCCAACGACUACGGUGAGUCACUUACCAGCAGUGCGACUCCGCGGCCUCCCCUUUGACUGCUCUGAAAAGGAUAUCUACGACUUUUUUCUCGGAUUCGACGUGCUAGAUGUUCUUCUCGUAUCCAGGAGAUGGCGGUUCUCAGGAGAAGCAUUUGUCUUGUUUGGAAAUAUCGGCCAAGUCGGCUACGCUCUUCAAAAGCAUCGACAUGUAAUUCGUCAUCGGUACAUCGAGAUAUUCCUGACUGAAAGAAAAGACUACUACCAAGCAAUCGCAGCAGAGGUCUCAAGAAUUCAGGGAGACGAUGUUACCUUCGCCAGUGCACGAACAGUGCACCCUGUUCUGAGAUUGAGAGGGCUGCCAUUCUCAGCAUCCAGGAGGGACAUAGUCAAUUUCUUCAAAGACUUCAACCUCCGGGAGAACGCUGUGCACUUGGUUGUAUCUGCGGAGGGACGCCCAACUGGAGAAGCUUUUGUUGAGUUUCCAUCCAUCACCCUCUCCAAAGCUGCAAUGAACAAGGACAAAAUGAUUCUGGGAGAUCGGUACAUUGAGCUCUUCCCUGUCUACUCGUACCUCAAUCAAACCUCCUCUUCUGCUUUCUCCUCCACUGACAACUAG